GGACUGACUUGCACUUGGGUUUACAUUAACGUGAAGAGAGUGUCUGCUUUAUUCACUGGAUUAAACGUGGCUUAAAUCGCAAUGGAGGCUCUGAGUACAGCAAACAGUGUUUUUUCAAUUGAUCUUUUCAAACACGUGUGCAACGUUCAAAGCAACAGAAAUGUCCUACUUUCACCAUGGAGUAUUUCAUUGGUUAUGGCCAAUGUGUACCUAGGGGCCAAAGGCCGUACUGCGGAGCAGAUAGCAGAGAUACUUCACUUUAAUAAAGCUGGGGUUGCGGAGACUGCUCAUACUACGAGACAUCCACGAGUCUAUUCCAAAAUUGAGGAGCUUUUAAAUAACUCUUGCAUCUCUGUUCAGAAGCCCCUCCUUGAGACAUCAGGCAACAUCCAUUUAAGAUUCCAGGCACUUUGCCAAGAAAUCAACCAACCCACAAAACAUUUUCUGCUCAGAAGUGUCAGUCAACUAUAUGGAGACAAAUCGGUGCCUUUCCAAAAAGAAUUCUUACAGUCAAUGAAGAAAUACUAUAAUGCAGAGCCACAAACAGUAAACUUUCAAGAAUCUGCAGAAGAUGUCAGAAAAGAGAUCAAUUCCUGGGUUGAACAACAAACAGAAGGCAAAAUACACAACCUGUUGAAUGAGGGAUCUAUAGAUUCACUUACCCAAGUUAUCUUGGUUAAUGCCCUGUACUUCAAAGGAAACUGGUCAAAGACAUUUAAGAAAAAGGACACAACGGAUCAGACUUUCAGGCUGAACAAGAGCACAAGUAAGCCAGUGAAGAUGAUGUUUCAACAUGAUAAAUUUAAUUGGAACUAUAUAAAUGAAGUACAUACUCAGAUUCUUGAGCUCCCGUAUGUUAAUAAUGACCUCAGCAUGUUUAUACUACUCCCUGAUGACAUCAAUGAUGACAGCACUGGUCUGGAAAUGCUCGAAAAAAAGUUAACCUAUAAAGCCUUAUCCAAGUGGACUAGCCCAGAGGAAAUGGAAGAAGUUGACGCAAAUGUGUACCUCCCUAGGAUCCAAUUAGAAGACGGCUAUGAGCUGAAGUCAACUUUGGGCAGCAUGGGAAUAACAGAUGCCUUCAGCACGGGCCAAGCUGAUUUCACUGGGAUGUCUGAGAAAAGCAAGCUUGUUCUGUCCCAAGUUUUUCACAAGUGCUCUGUUGACAUUAACGAGGAGGGCACGGAGGCUGCCGCUUCCAGUGGUGCUAAUAUAGAUGGACGAAGUGACCAGGGUGCAGUUUUGUUUGCAGCCGAUCACCCUUUCCUCUUUUUCAUCAUUCAUAACAAAACCAAAAGCAUCCUCUUUUUCGGAAAGUUCUGUUCCCCCUAAACUAUUUCAACUUUCUGUUACCAAACAGGAAGCAUCUUGCUUCAGUAGAAACAUUUACAACAUGGGAACCGUUUGCCAACAUAUGUCUAAAUAUAAUGUGUUCCCCCCCACCCAACCCUCUCCGUUUUCCUGUAUGUUUGGGAAAUGACAAAGACUGCAUAUGGUUAGAGCUGAUAAAUUCAGCAAGAUGUGAAGCCACUUUUGUGGGGAGGGGAAAUGCUUCAAAACCACACAUGAGAUGGUCAGUUGUUACGGUUGUGUUUUGCCUCUCUGUAAAUAGCAUAUUUAAUACAUAUAUGAACUAGUGCAAAUAGGCUUUUCAGAAAUGGACUCAAUUGUGUUUUUAAAAAAGUAGUCCAAGGAAGUCAACGGAUGUAUGCCAGCAUCCUAAUAAUGUCCUUAAACAAAGUAUUUGUGACAUAGCAUUACAUUUGGUAACAUAAAUGUUGCAUUGUAUUUAUAUAGUAUGUGCAAAUUCCUUGGUAGCUUCUUAUAUGUUGCAGCAGGUAAAUGCAGUGUGUGUGAGUAGCAUGUUAACAUAGCAAAUAAAAUUAAUUUUACACAGUCAA